AUGGUGCCGCUGCUGCUGCUUCUGCUGCUGCCGGCGCUGGCGGGGGGACAGGGGGCGGUGGUGCUGCGGCUGGGGCUCCGGGGCAGCCCCCGCGGCGAGGUGAGCCCGGAUUUCCUCUCCCUUACUCUGGAUGCCAGCCUGGCCCGGGAUCCGCGCUUUGUCGCCUUGCUCAGCAAUCCCAAACUGCGUGCACUGGCGACAGCCCUGUCCCCAGGCUUCCUGAGGUUCGGCGGCACUGAGACAGAUUUUCUUAUCUUUGAUCCCAACAAAGACUCAACUUCAGAAGAAAAAAUCCUCUGGGAACUUCAGGCACAGCAAGAGGCUUGUGGCUCAACACCUGUGUUCUCUGCUGUUGAGAAGCUGCUGCUGGUCCAGUGGCCCAGCCAGGAGAAGCUGAUUCUUGCUGAGCAGAACUGGAAAAAGCACAAAAACACCACCAUUACAAAAAAUACCCUGGAUAUUCUCUACAGCUUUGCAAACUGCUCAGGGUUUCACCUGAUCUUUGGACUCAAUGCCUUGCUGCGGAAAGGUGGUUUGCAGUGGGACAGCUCGAACGCCCAGGCGCUGCUGGACUACUGUGCCUCACAGAGCUACAACAUCUCCUGGGAGCUCGGGAAUGAGCCCAACAGCUUCAGGAAGAAAUCUGGCAUCCACAUCGACGGCUCCCAGCUGGGGCAAGAUUUUAUUCACUUACGCCAACUUCUGAAUAACUACACCCUCUACCAGCAUGCAAAGCUCUACGGUCCCGAUGUUGGGCAGCCCAGGAAGCACACACAGAGACUGCUGAGAAGCUUCCUGAAAUCGGGAGGGAAGGUGAUCGACUCUGUCACGUGGCACCAUUACUAUGUGAAUGGACGGAGUGCAACAAGGAGGGAUUUCUUGAGCCCUGAAGUGCUGGAUACCUUUGCCACAGCCAUACAUGAAGUCCUGGAGAUUGUCGAUGGGACCGUUCCCAACAAGAAGGUCUGGCUGGGAGAGACGAGCUCUGCCUAUGGAGGGGGAGCUCCCAGACUGUCCAACACUUAUGUUGCUGGCUUUAUGUGGUUGGACAAACUCGGGCUUUCAGCCAGGAAGGGGAUUGAUGUGGUGAUGAGACAGGUUUUCUUCGGCGCAGGGACCUACCACCUGGUGGAUGCCAACUUUGAGCCUUUGCCGGACUACUGGCUCUCACUGCUCUACAAGAGGUUGGUGGGUACCAAGGUGCUGCAGGUCGGCCUGGCAGGAGCCAAUGAGAGGAAGCUCCGUGUCUACCUCCACUGCACAAACACCCUCAACCCAAAGUACAGAGAAGGGGAUGUGACACUGUUUGUCCUAAACCUCUACAACAUCACCCAGCAUUUGCAGCUACCGGAUUACCUAUCCAGCAAGCACGUGGAUCAGUACCUCUUACUGCCUCAUGGCAAAGAGAAUAUACUUUCCAGGUCUAUUGAGCUGAAUGGCCAUGUGCUACGGAUGGUGGAUGACAAAACGCUGCCAGAGCUUAUGGAAAAGCCCCUUGGUCCCGGCAGUGUACUCGGCCUCCCAGCCUUCUCUUACGGCUUUUAUGUUAUCAAAAACGCCAAAGCUGUUGCUUGCAUUUAAAUGAUUAAUACACACAUGCAGGAUAAAGGAUAAAUGUAAAGCACUUGGCUAGUAGGGGAUUUUAAUCCUAGAAAUUCACUUUUCUACCAUGGGAUUUAAUUCCGGUAAGGGAUGCAAAUGUGGCAGCACUGAUACGAUCUGUGGGCUGGGCAAGACAUGAGGGCCCACUGGGUAAUUUUGUACGUGAAAGAUGCUUAUUCAGCUCCCAGGAGAAUUAUCCAGGUAGAGCAAGACCAGGCAGGGGCUGGUUUUGCUCUUGGUCCAGCCUGUGUCGCUGCACUUGAGCAGGGGGCCCUUCUCCAGGACACGCACAGAGCCACAUCAGCUUCUCACACUGUGCUUGGGGCUCUGUCAGCCUGGGAACUGCAAUCUCCCCUCUCUCUCGUUUCUGCAAGCACAGCUCUAAAAGCAGUUUCUUCAAAAGCUUGCCUUUGGAAAGGAUGAGCAGAGUUUUUAUUUUAGCUGUACAGCUGUGACUCUGCCCAUACCAUGUGGGGAAGCCCAAGAAGGGGUUGUAGUUGCUGAGGGCAUCUUGGGGUGGAAAGUGUGGACAUGGAAAGCAAUCCAAGGUCAGGGUGCCAGCAGGGGGAAAGACCUUGCGGAGAAACCAGGUCCUCUAUCAGGUUUGGGGCAGUAACACACAUUUUUCCCAACUGGUGGAGUUCAGUCACAAGAUGGAGCUGUGGCCAUGUGCCUUCCAAAGGCAAGUUUUUGACACAUGAAAUGCAGGCCGUUCCUGUGGGGUGGUUUACCUCUGCCGUAACGCGCUUCAUCCCGGCGAGGAAAGGAGAGGAGCCCACCAGCACCCCUCUGUGGUCAGUGGGCUCCAUGGUGAGAGUUCAGAACUCCUCAACCUUCACCACCCCACAGGCAGUUCAGCUGGAAAGGACUUCCCUGAACCUAUUUGCAGGUGAAGAUCUGUCUGCUUUACACUCCCUAAUUCACUAAGGUCUCUUCGAGGAAAUGGAAUAGUAAAGAGACUGAGCAAACCAUUCACUCCCUCAACCACCAGAGGGAUGUCAGUGGCCUUAGAGAUCCUGAGGACAAAACUCCCAGCCAGGCUGACAUCCUUCCCGCUGGGAAAAUAGCCAUUUUGCCCAAAAAUCUGUGUUGGUGGUGGCUUUUCCCCCCAGCUGUGCCUUCCCCAUGCCCACCCUGUUGCAGUUCCAUGUGCCACCGGCCGCUGGUCCGCAGGGUAACAAAAGGUCUUGGACAAUACCUGUGGCCCUUCAGACACAUUUAUUUGCAUCUGCUUUCCUUGAAGAUAUGUAAUCCCUACCACUGUCAAUGCCUUAUGAUAUUGCGAGCACAGCAGGGAAAAACAACACCACACCACUGUACUUUCCUUUUUAAGCUUUAAAAAGAUGCUACCAGCCACAUGGGGUUUCAACUCAGGGCAGGGAACCUUUUCUAAUGAGAGGACUUUAAAAACAGAUGUACUUUUGUAGCUGUGAUGAAAACCUGCACAAUAAAAGGGAUAUGUUAAAGUUUAGUGUGUCAAAGGAGUGUUUGUUUGCAUCCAUAGAGCAGAUGCAUUCUGUGAAGGGUUAUGUAUCAGGGGAUAAAACAGAUCAGAAAUGAGAAAGGCUGUUUGUUUACACUGUCCAGGUUCCAUAAAAGAAGCGAAGAGAGUGUAAGAUGGAGUGAAAAGUCUUACAUAAAGUGAAUAAUUUAUUAUUAUUGUUAUUAUUAUUAUGUAAUUUACAACUAAAACAUAAAAGUUAUUAUUUGCCUGGUAGUUUCUUUUUAGAACUUUCCUAACAGUUUUGUUUAUUCCAAUGCUUGUGACUUUUAUAUUUGAAGAUUUUAAUUAAAGUGAUUUAUACCA